AACAAGCCAUCUCUCCACUACCCCAGACUCCAUUUCUCCCUCGCCUUUGGUCUCCUUUCUGGUCAGUUGACUUGCACCAUCCCUUGAAUAGCCGCCUACUCCGUGGCUACAUGCAGAAAGGUCCCCGCAGAUCGACUCCCCGGUCGCGUACCCCCAAGGCUUGCGACCGUUGCCGCCGGCAGAAACUCAAGGUAACCCCCGUCAACCGGUGGUUGCAAAUCGAUCUAAGCAAACCAGUGCGAUCCUGUCCGACCUUGCGUCCUAUGUACCCGCGCCGGCCACAAAUGUGACAUAACGGUGCAGCCCCGACGGCGUGGCUCUGAGCUUCCAGCAGCGUCCACCGGAACCGCUUCCGUUGGAUCACCUGACACGCCUCAUGUCUUGCCGGACCGAGAAGCCGAGGCCUAUGCCACCGGCACGUCGGCCAUUGCCUUUGCGAGACAGGUUUAUAAUGAGGAGGAGAUGGGCCGCACCUUGACAGAGGCCUCCGUUCCUGGUGAUGUUGGCAUGGCGGGGACGGAUGAUGCCCUCUGGGGGUUGAAAGAAACCAAUCUGCCUCCACAGGAGGUGAUGUUAGCUCUGAUUGAUGCCUACUUCUAUCGGAUGCAGUGGUUUAUUCUAGUAUUGCAUGAACCAUCCCUCAGAGAGACGGCCCAGCGGGUUAUUUCUCAGCCGCAAUGGAGACGUCGGGAUCUUGGAGCGGUCAUGACUGUUCUUGCGGUCGCUACCAUCAGCUUGCAGGCAGUUCUACCGGAUCAUGACUGGCCUGGCCAUCACCUUAUGCGUGCCCACUCCAUUGAUGCGCAGGGCCUGUUAAAGAAGUUAGUCGCUGAGAUACGUUCCCAUCUCCUCGACCUUCUGGAGGACUGUCGUAUAGAAGGAGUGCAAGUAUGUCUCCUGCUCUCUUGUUAUUACAUGUUUCACAGCUCCCCAAACCUCGCCUGGACCACGUUCGGUAUGGCGGCAAGAGCGGGUUACGCGCUCAACAUUCAGUCGAAGAGCCCAUCAUUGCAAACCUCCGUCGCCGAUGAAAUCCGCUCCCGUUGUUGGAACCAUAUCAUUGUAUCGGAUACAUUUUGUUCCAUUAUUUAUGGACGCCCGGCCUCUUUGGAUUCCACGACUGUUCGUCAGUUGGAGGUUGUGGACGACUUGACCAUCGACCCCUGGUUGCUAAAUCAAUUUUCAACUGGAGAUAGCCCGCUGCUAUCAUCACGAGCCGUCUUUCACGUCAAAAAAGCAGAAAUAUAUGCUCUCGCUGGACAAAUUCUCCACCGAUUCCGUCGUCUCAAUCUGACAUCCGGGACAAAGGAACAGGACCUGGAGGCAAUUGUCCAAACUACAAACGAGUCGGACACCCUCCUCAAUGACUGGAGGGCCAGAGUACCGAAGCUGUACGAUUUGGAGUAUUGGAAUUUAGAUGGGCGAUGGGACCGUAUUGAAAACCAACUUCCGACCCUUCCACCCAGCACGAAGGAACAGGUGGAGACAAUAUAUCUCCAGGCUGCGAUCCUCCAAAUGACAUACGAUGGCAUGGUUAUACAAGCACACCGACCACUUCUGGAGCAAAAGAUAAAUAGGUUCACGUCUUCUCGGAUAGUGAUCGAUGCUGUCCACCGGUCGCUCAGCCUAGCCACGGCAGCUGCUCUCCGUGUAUCCCGAAUCCCGAUUCAUAUAUUCAGGAAUCAUUUUGCUGUCGCAUUUGCAUCGAUGCAACAGUUCACUGCUGGUGUCAUUCUCUGCAUACCCCCGACCGUUCAACCUUUGACAACCGCCGCCCACGAGGCAAAAGACGGGGUUGUGAGAAUAAUCCGCGCGAGCAGAAGUUUGAAUUGGCAUGAUCGAAUCGCAAGACAGACAGAGCAGCUUUUGACCGAGCUGCUGAAAGUGACCAUCCAACGUGAGCUAACGCAUGCGCUGGCCGACAAUGCAGAGACUCCCGUCGAUGCACAGUCAACCCGUCCGACCGCGACCGUUCAUCAGGGCAGCUCUUUCACCGCGUGUUCCAGCACAAGCCAGUCUGUGAUGACUCCUUGCACUACGGACCAGACAGUAGAUCCUGUCCAAAGAGGGUGGGGAUCAGACUUGAACCCCCUAGCUGCGGUAAUGGGGCCCUAUGACUUUCUCCCGGCGCAGGCAUUUCAACAACUGGAUGAUACUUUUGGGGCAUUUGGCGAGUGUAAGUGCAUAGCCCGUGUCGCGAUGCCAUCAUUAACCAUAGAACAGCCAUGUUCAACCUGGUGCCUGACGACCAGAAUAGUGCGUGGAACUGGGGUCGCACAUUUCCUUAGCCAUAAGCAAUGUAGGCAGUUGAUUGGAAGGCAAAAUUGAAAAGGGCAGAGUUCAGAGACGCAUGACUCCAUAAUUGACGCAAACUUUGUUGUUUUCUCGUACCACGGGCUGAUUUUGUCCGGCUGCACGAUUAGUUGGGCAACAUGUCGAUCGGCCUGCUCCGGGUCUUCCGGUGGACAUUGACUUCCGGUGGGAAUCCUGCGGCCGCACUCAAGUCGCAAUCACCCGU